AUGGACUGCUCAUCGGUGAACAGCAUCACCCUGGAAAUGCUCAGAAGGGCCCGAGAGACAGUGAGCUCCAGCCCUCUGGCCGUGAUCAACACCCCUAUGAUUCCAUGGUGCCAAACCACACUACCACUGAACGUCACUUGCAACAUCCACAUAAAACUGGAGAACAUGCAAAGGACUGGUUCAUUUAAAAUAAGAGGAGUUGCCAACCAGUUUGCCAAGAGAUCCGGAGGAGGUCAUUUUGUCACCAUGUCUGCAGGGAACUAUGGGAAAUCAUUUGCCUAUGCCACAAAACUCUAUGGAACUAAAGGAAAAGUGGUGAUGCCUGAAACUGCCCCCCUCUCCAGAUCUGUACUGAUAAAAAGUUUUGGAGUGGAGGUUGAACGAGUGCCAACGUCAAACCUCAUGAACGUAGUUAAUCGGUGUGUGCGAGAGGAGAACAUGACAUUGCUGCACUCAUACGAUGACCUGGACCUGAUUGCAGGUCAUGCAAGCCUUGGUUUUGAGAUCCUGGAGGUGAUGCCAAAUCCAGAUGUUGUGGUGGUGUGUUGUGGCGGAGGUGGUUUAUUGGCUGGUGUAGCUGCUGCCAUCAAACUGUCAGGAUGUGAAAAUACAAGGAUAUACGGAGUGGAACCAGAGGGAGCAUGUACUAUGUUCAAGAGCUUCAUUGAAAAGAAGCCAGUUGGAAUGGAGACUAAAAGCAUUGCCUCAGGAUUAGCCCCACCGUUUGCAGGUACUUUGCCAUUUGAGCUCUGUCAGAAAUUUGUGGAGGAUAUUGUUCUGGUGAGUGAUGAGGAGAUCAAGGCUGCUGUGUCGACUUUGUACAAAGCAGGCCUCGUCGUGGAACCCUCAGGAUCUGCUGCAUUUGCUGCUGUUUCUAAUCAUAAGAUACCAGACAUUACAGGGAAGAACAUUGUUGUCAUUCUUAGUGGAGGAAACAUUGGCAAAGAUGAGCUUACCAGCUUCCCUGAGUGA